AUGCCUUCCCUCCCGCAGAACGCAUCUUCAAAUGCAUUUGACUCAUCAAUUCUGACCCUUCAGGCCACUUUCUCCAGUGGCAUGACCUUGUUGACUACGGCUUCCACUGCCAACAACUUCCUCAGAGCUACAGAUGGCCCGUUCGCAGAGUUGAAAGAGCUUAUUGCACAACAUACUUCCAUCGAAGACAGGCCACAAUUCCAACCACUUGUCCCCCCCGAUCAAAUUGUGAAGGGGAUUGUGCAGAAAAUAUGGGGUCAUUCAUCUAUUGAGACAGUCGGAGAUAUUGGCGAUAUACUGGAGAAGGGACUCGUUACGGAUGAUUUGAGCCUCGAAGGUGCAAGCUUGCAUUGCCGGUUACGCACAGAAAAAGGGAAGUCCCCCCAAGAAGUCAUGAAGAGGUUCCGUUUACACAAUCCCACUGAAGCGGGCCAAACGGCUUGGCAAACAUGGCUUAAGCUUCACCCUGGAAUUGACAGUCAAGAAGCAGCAUGCCUGCGUAAAUUACAGCAACAGGAUAUCGAUAGGAAGUACCCUGACCAGGCAGAAGAAGCAAAAGCGUUCUAUGAUAAAAUUCUGAUACAUUGCGGGGACCUUGUUUUAUCGAAGGACGAGAGGGAGGCUCAACCAAAUGAAGGCCUUUAUCUGUUGCAGAAAAUAACGGGAAAAUAUGCUGCUCAGCUCGCUGCACUCAGCUCCAUUCAUCCUGUUGGGGUGGCGUUAGUGGGGUUCAUAGCAGAUGACAAGCUUGCCCCUCGGGAUUCGACUAUCGCAUUUACGAGCUCACCAAUGAUUGCGGAAAUGGUCAAAGCUAUGGGCCUACCCCUCACAGAGGAUAGUGCCUUAGCCAUGAGGAACUUCUACGACGGGAUAAAGGCAUUCAGCCCAUAUCAACCCGACGCCAUUAAACAGAGAACCUUUCUUCAACAUCUUGGGGCGUUUACGAACCCCGAUAAAUCUACCAGCGAGGUGUUUGGUGCCUCAAGCCUCAUGAAGACCGUCGUGAUGCACAUGAAGCAAAGUGUCCAUUUCAGCGAUGAUCUGGACAGGUAUUUGGGAAAUGGAACGGGAAACACGGCCAUCAAAUCAGAGGUUGAGGGCGAUGCGAACAACGUGGAUUACCACACACCCGCAUUAAAAAGGAAGGAAGGCCUCGCCUUUGCAGACGAGACCUACGGCUCGCAUCCCCAACGCCGCACUGAGUGUGCUGGGCGGCUUAAAGCAAUCAUUCUGGAGGCAACAGGGAUAACUGAGCUUGGGCACAACUGGAGAGUCGCCAACAUACUUUCAUUCAUGCUUGAGCAUCGUCUCCGUUUUGUUGGUUGGCAUCGUGGUGUCCCACGCUUGAACAAGUCACUACCGUGCGAUUGGACCCCACACGAGUCUGCACGGUGUAUAAUGCAGCUCACUCACCAGGAUCCGGAGCAGACGUUGAGGGUGGAACAAAUGACAGAUGGUGAGGAAAAUGUCAAUGAAACUUCAAAAAAAACACAGCUCACCGGUUUGGGCUUACCAGACGAGUACCUGACGCGUGAGGUGCUACACUAUGCACCAGAUGCGAAAGGGAAUAUUACGAAAUACCUAUUGCCUGAACACGAGACAAGGAGGGCAAUUGCGAGGACAGCGGUCGUCCCCGCACGAACCCAAAAACGUAAGGACAGCACGCCAAACUCCCCAACUGUGGAGAUGGAAGGAGAUUCGGUUGGUGAUAAUCAAAUAUCAUCCCCGUCUUCCAAGCGAUGCAAGAAGUCCAAAGCCACUCGCGCACGCACCCUCACGAAGGCAAAACCUCCCCGUGUGACACCUGGGGGCCACAACCAAAUGAAAGAAGCCGCGGUACCAGAGAACGAGGUGAAAGGUCCACAGGACGAUGGCAUCGUACCCGAGACACCACCUCGCAACUCACCUGAACCGGGCGGGUCUUCAUCAUCAUCAGUAAAGUUAGAGGCAAUAAACCUGACAACGUUCCCAUCGGGUGUACGCUCAGGCUUCCAGCAAGGGCGUGGGCCGCAACUCCCUGAUGACCCAGAAAACGACGUCUUCAUGGAGCAAGCCGUUCCGGAAUCACAUACGCCAAUGGUCAUCCCUCCAAUUAGGCUCAUCCAUCCAACACCGCAUAGUACUCCCCUCAAAGUUCAACCAGUGUUGAAGAUUAAUGGAAGUACGCACCUCACUGUGAACGAAGGUCCAACGUCCCGGGCACCGUCGGAGGCACCGUCAUCCGUAUCAAGCCUAAGCGGUGAGCCUCCCACCUUUGACACCUUGUUCAGGUGUGCACGAAACUCAGUGUGGUGGGCUGCAUCGAAAAUGUUGCCGGCGGUUCGUUUGAAGGCGCUAAUGGAAGAAAACGUUGAACUCCUAGUCAACAUCGACAUCAUUGCCCUGCACGUUACCGAGAAGGAGCCACCUCCUGAAGUCUUAGAUGUCGCUCAACACUGGAGAAUGAUUAGCGCCGUUGGAAACGAGCUUCGUGACAGGGGGGCUGAUGUAGGAAAGGUUGCCAGGAGGGUGGUCCAACUGCUUGACGAGUUGGAAGUGAACGACGACGAGGAUGUGAUAGCUACGUGGAUACAGAUGUUGCCCAGUUGA